AUGAAGCUCCUCGCACCGACCGUCGUUGCAUCUCUGGGUUUAUGCGCCGAUGCUACCCAAUUCGGUGCCAUCAGGGACGUGGUUCUUGGCAGCAAGAACGAAACUUGUUGUUCUUCGCUGAAGGAUGCUGGACUAGCAAACAUCUUUUACGAGGAUGAUGAGCAGUACAAGAAUCGGACGGCGUCGUACUGGUCCGUGAGCGCUCAGCUGCAUCCCAAGUGUAUUGUUCAACCAGUAUCUACUGAAGAAGUAUCUACUGCCAUCAAAACACUAGGUGCGCAAAGCAACUGCAAAUUCGCCGUGCGAAGUGGCGGUCAUGCAACCUGGGCUGGCUCCAACAACAUCAACGAUGGAGUAACACUUGACCUCGGUCUCAUGAACACAACCGUCUAUGAUGCGGAAGCAAACCUCGCACGGUUUCAACCCGGAACCCGAUGGGGUGGUGUGUACGGAGCACUUGAGCCUCAUGGUGUCACUGUCGCGGGUGGCCGAGCAAGCAGCGUUGGUGUAGCCGGUUUCUUGACAGGAGGAGGAAACUCCUUCUACACUGCUCGUCGAGGUUUCGCCUGUGACCAAGUGCAGAAUUACGAGGUCGUUCUUGCCGAUGGCGAAAUCGUCAACGCAAACGUCACAUGUAACAGCGACCUGUUCCGAGCCCUCAAAGGUGGUUCAUUCAACUUUGGCAUCGUUACUCGUUAUGAUAUGGAGACUUUCACCGCGGGAGAUCUUUGGGGUGGCUCGAGAAUCCAUACCAAAAACCAUACACAGCAACACAUCGAUGCCUACACAGCAUGGGUCGACAAUGUCGAGAACUACCCCGACGGCUCCAGUAUCGUCUUUUGGAGCUAUCUUCCCACCAUGGAGGAUAUUGUCAUCAUCGCUGCGUACGAAGACGUCGCUGGCAAUGUUGCUCCUGCAGGCUUUGACAAAUUUAUGGCUAUCCCAGCCAUAGCCGACACCACGAGAUUGGCGAGUCACAAGAAUCUCACUGAUGAGCUUGAGCAACCCACUGGAUACCGUGACAUCUGGUUCACGAUGACCUUCAAGAACGACCCUAUCGUGUUUAAAUACAUUGUUGAUGCACACACCAAGUUUGUCGAUGCAUGGAAGGCGGAUAACACAGACCACGACUUUAUCACCCAAUGCAUGUUCCAAGCUAUUCCGACCAUUUUUGCCAAGCACAGUGCGGAACGUGGGGGCAACGUCUUGGGUCUGGAUCUCGUCAAGGACAACGCCAUCAUGCUCCUUUUCGAUAUUGCUGUCAAGGGUGAAGAGACCGAGGUUCGCGCGAGGGAAGCACUUAGGGCCGCUACCGAAGAUAUGCAAAGGUUCGCUGCCAGCCAAGAUGCUCUAGUAGACUGGCAGUACCUGAACUAUGCCGAUGCUUACCAGGACCCACUUGGUAGCUACGGCGCUGCAAAUGUUGCUAAGAUCCUGGCUGCUGCUAAGAAGUAUGACCCCAAUGGCAUGUUCCAGACUCAAGCUCCUGGUGGCUUCAAGAUCUCCAGAGUUAAGAACUCCACUUCUUCCAAGCAGGAACUAUAA